AUGAGACAGCCGCUUGAGGAGCUUCUCUAUCAAAAACUCAUCCAAUCUCCGGUAUUCAACUCGUGGGUGAGGAGAAUCCAUGCUCGUAUUAACAGAAUCCCACUUGAAGAGCAAUCUUUCAGUGCUCACAGAAUCGUAGACAUCAACGACUACACACCAACCACCUGGCACAAAAUCAACGCCUUCAGAAUCAUUUUUGCGGACGAGCUCAAGAAGGCAUUUCUAUUUCGAUGA